ACGAUAUUUGACAACAACUACAUGCACUACAUGUUUAUAUAAUUUGACAACAAACACAAAUCUAUUUAUAUGUGAUUGCUGUUUGGAAGAUCCUAAUGUUAAUUAACUUUAAAACACUAACAGUGGCAUUUUUGUUUUGAAAAGUGUCAUGAUAUACAUCUAUACAGCUUAAAAGCUAUGUCUUGUGUUAAAUUAUUUGUAUAAAUUAGCUGGGGCACUUACAUGUGCUUAUGUUUUGAAAUAGUAACUGUGGGGUAAUGAACUCUUCUCCACAUGAAAUGGCUAUGGAAGGUUGUGAAGAGAAGGAUACAUAUGUUUCCCAACUGAAAGACGUGUUUGAUAGCUGUGAUACAACAGGAAGUGGUUGUCUAGAUAAGGUUGAAUUACAAGUGUUAUGCGAAAAACUUCAUUUGCUUGAGCAUGCAGAAACUCUAGAAGAUCAUCUUCUUGGAAAUCAGUCCGAGGUGAGCUUUGAAGAUUUUAAAGAAUGUUUUGUUGCUGUCUUAAUGCAAACAAUACCAAAUGAAGACAUUCCUGAAGAAAGUAAAGAUGAAGAUAUGACUGAUAGAGAAGUAUCACCUAAAUUCACAUUAGGACGAAAAAAAUAUGGUCGCCGUUCAAGGCCGGCUUCUAUUGUAGAUGAUGACAGUUCGGCCACAUCCCCAGUUCUCAGUCCACAAACAUCAGUUGAUCAAUCAUCAUCAUGUGACCAAGAUGGUAGAGGGCCAAUGCCUGAAAGCUUACAAGGAAAGCGUCGUUUGAGUCCAGUUACUACACAACAGCCACCUGUUAAAUCUGGGCGAAUGUCCGAUGACAAGCAAAGUACAUCACAAGAAGCUUGUAGUUCACUUCAACAAACAUCAGAUUCUGACACAGAUAUGACAUUGUCAUUUGAAAGUAAUCCUGUUCAGUAUCUUCAAGAUACAUGGAAAAAACUUAAUAUAGGUCAGAGUGGUUAUUUGAAUGUUGAAGAGUUGGCGCUUGUUUGUGAACAUAUUGGGAUGGAUAUGACUGAAGAAGUCGUGGCUCAACUGUUUGAGAAACUUGAUUGUGAUCAAGAUGGACAGAUAAGCUUUGAUGAGUUUUUGCAGGGACUUUUUCAACAUGGUGACCCGCAGAGUUGCGAUUCUCCCAUCAGAAAAAUUGAAUCUUCGAAAUCACUCUACAAUGAUGGAUCACGAGAUGACCAUCAAAUUACUAAUACUAAUAUCUCUGGUAUAUUCUCCUGCAUAGAUCCCAACAAUUCUGGGUAUGCGGACAUCUCCACCAUUCUAGAACUUUGGGAAUCUCUGGAAGUGCCUUGUACGCCACAGUUGCUGGAAGAAUUGGGAUUUAACACAAGUUCCAAAAUUAACUUAGCAGAUUUAUCCUCAGUUCUUGAAGAGGUCCUUUGCAAUGCUCUCAACAGACCAAUUUUGCAAUUAGCUUUUAUUACUUUUCAAAAUGAAUUGCAAUAUCUUCGACAAACUGUGGAUCAGAUGCAAAGUGAGAGAAAUAAAUUAAGGUUCAAUGUGGAGGAAGCAAAUACGCGAGCAGCUCUACUUGCCCAAGAAGUUGAUGACAAUCAUGCAAAAUUGGAGAAUUCUCUUCAAAAAAAGUUGAUACUAGUUGAAAAAAAAUACCAAGAGCAAGCGAAAGUUCUCGUAGAAGAAUUGCAACAAGAAAGGGAGGUUCUAAAUGCACAGUGUAACAAAUUGAGACAGCAGUUUCAAAAUGAUGUUGGUGCAAUGCGGGAAGAAGAAACAAAGCUGAAAGGCCGAUUAAAUUCACUAGAACAGGAAAGUAAUCGCCUUGAACAAGAUUUGCAAGAGCAGUCGGAAAAAUGUAUAGAAAUUGAAAAAUUGAAUGAUGCUCUUCAAAAAGAACUUUCCAUAAUGCCUGGACUCAAAGAAAGACUUGCUGACCUUGAAUCUCAUUUGAGUAUCAUGCAAGAGCAGAAUCCACAGAAUUUAUUGCAAGCUUUGCAAAAUUAUAAAGAUACGAAUCAAAUGAAAAUUCAGAUGAAGAAAAUCCUACAAUAGGAAAACUGAGAAGAACUAUAUUUCCAGCAGGUAAGCAGGGUAUGAUAAUGGACAUUCCUACUAAUCCAACUGAUCUCAAGAAUACUUCAAUAACUUCUGUUGACAUUUUGUUAAACAAGAUGUUAAUGUCUGAGUCUAUUUCGAUGAGGAAGUUGCAAGUCAUAGAAAAAAAGAACUUUGACUUAGAAAAUGCUUUAAGAGAAUCUCGACACAAAAAUAAGUUUCUGAUGGGAGCUUUGCAAGAAUAUACUGGUGAUAUCCAGCCUACUUGGUUAGAAUCGAAAUGAAGAUGUUAAUUAUGGCCUGGUUUAUACAUAGUGUAAGCGGAGGUGUUUGGAACAUUGUUACUAUAAAAGUACUUGAUUAUCACAGCCAUGCAAUGGAAACAAUAAGAAACAAGUUUCUGGAAUUU